AAGUGGGAGUCAACAGACCAUUUUCGCACCUCGCUCGUUCACACAGUGAAAAGUGUCGAGAAUCGCACACGCGAGGAAGGAAAAUUUAGCAGAGAUUUCCCGUGAUUGCUGGCAAAAUACAUAAAUUCGCAAUUUCCGUGUUUGUGCAGCCACGUGAGUUGUGGAUGGGAGUGAGUGAAAGUGAGCUGACUUGACUGCCAGAGUUGACUCUGAAGCUCAAUGUGGUUAAUUGCGAUAUUGUUUGCCCUCACUGGGGCUGUCCGUGGCUCCCUGCUCGGCGGGCAGGUGGAGAACUUGCCGAAAGCUGCAUCCGACAGGCAAGAUGAUGUCGCAACCAGUGAUAUUGACAUCGACUUGGACCUGCCAGACGGUGCAACAUUAAUUAAGCUCCAUGGAACGUUCAUGGUUAUUGCCUGGCUGGGAACGACAUCAAUGGGGAUUCUGAUUGCCAGGUACUUCAAGCGAACGUGGGUUAAUAGGCAGAUUUUUGGCACCGAAGCGUGGUUCUUCUGGCAUCGUGCUUGCAUGCUCUUCACGUGGACCUUCACCCUGAUCGCCUUCAUUAUGAUCUUCAUUGACGUGGAUGGAUGGUCGUAUGGCGAGGCGCCUCACGCCAUCCUCGGCACCAUCACCACCAUCCUCUGCUUCUUCCACCCCAUCCUGGCCAUGUUCCGGCCCAGCCUUGGUGACGACAAACGGAAGUACUUCAACUGGGGACACAGAUUCGGCGGAGUGCUCGCCCAUCUCCUGGCCACGGUGACCAUUUUCUUAUCAAUCAUGGUGAAAAAAGCUCAACUGCCCAACUGGCUGUACGCUAUCUUAUCACUGGCCGUCUUGGCAUACGUCACGGCUCACAUAUAUUUCACAGUUUUGCUUCGCAAAGCUCAGCAGCACGGCUCGUACAGCAAUCGCAAUAUUGAUGCCCCAUACUCAACAUGGAGGAAGCGGGGACUCCUGAUCUUUGGCCUCGUGAGUUUAUGCUUAGUCGCCGCCAUCGUCACCAUCAUCAUUCUCGCUCCAAUUGGCAACGGAAGCACCCCUGAAGCUCCCGACGAGACUGCACCAGCAAUGGAAAAUGACUGACCUGAAAAAUGCGCUCUUUUUUAUGUAAAUACAAAGUCCUAGGCAAUAGAGAUGAACAAUUCAGAAUCCCUCGUAUGAAUUUAUC